GCAAUGACCGAAGAGCGCAGCAGAGUAAAUGUUGGAAAGAGGGCGUUUUUGAGAUCUACGCCGCGAGAUUCGGAUCGGAUCAAUAUACUAUUUUUAUAUAAACUUUUCUUUUUCAAAUAUGACUACAGUAUAUCAGAAUCAGAUAUUGAAUGACAGGAAAUCACAACACCUGACUGUGUUUUCACAGUGUUUUUCACCAUGUGGAAACUACCUAGUGAUCGGAAACAAUUAUGGCACUAUUUCUGUGUUCAACUUGAUGACUGCUUUGAGCUCAAAUGCAAAUGAGCAUCAUCGGAAGCCGUCCUUCUCUUAUCAAGCUUGCAGUGGACCGAUAUACUCAAUUGUUUCAUCAGAGUUGUUUCUAAUAUGUGCUGGUAGUGGAGAUAUUAAAGCAUACAAGUGGGCUGAUAUUUUACAAAAGGUAAGUUAUUAUACAAUUCAAUGA